AUUUUUGCACAUAGAAAUGAACAUAUGCAAUGUAAAUUUAGGUAUCAGUUUAUUAUUUUAAUAUUUUUCAAAUGCAUAUAUUUUGAUAAUAAUAGUUUUAUGUUUUUUUUUUACUGAACCAACGCCCAGAUAAUUAAAGUGUAACUCCCAGUGUAAGUCAAGAAUAAUUAAUUUAAUACAAAUAUGUCUAGUAAAAAUACGAAAUCAUUGGCUACAAUGAAAGAUUCUCACAUUGUUAAAAUAGCGGUAAAAAAGUCUGGUGCUGAAGCACAACUAAUUCAAUUUAAUCAGCAACAACCGCUGGCUGCCACAAUUUUAGAGUUGUGCAAUAACUGGAAUAUAUCAGAUCCAAAUUUAUAUGCAUUACAGUUUUAUGAAACAAAUGACCAGAAAUGUAUAACAGAUAAAAAUAGACCCGAUGGACAAAGCAGUGAAAUCAUAAAUCAAAGGUAUGUUACUGAAAAGAAUAGAAAUGAGAUAAAAAAUGGAUUUAUUCUAAAAUUGGAGCAUUCUCCAUCAAAAACGGCACAAGACCUCUUGCAAAAGUUAAAUUUAGGCUCAUCAGAUGAGCGUUUGCAAGCAUUGCAAAAAUUAGCAACAUUAAGAAAAGAUGUAACAUUUGCAUUAGAAUUUAUAAGUAAAAAAGGUCUGUCACUGCUUAUAAAUAAAAUUGAAUCAGAAAAAUGCAAACCUGUGAUUCUUGCUCAUUGUUUACAAUCAUUUGUUGAUUUAAUGGAUCACGGUAUAGUUUCUUGGGAUAUUUUAGAGAGUCGUUUUAUAAAUAAGGUUGCCAGUUAUGUUAUCAAUCAAUCAGAAUCAUUAGAUCCUCAGAUAAUAUGCUGUAGUUUAUCAAUUCUUGAAAAUAUUGUACAAAAUAGUACAAAUAAAUAUGCACAAGUUGAACAAGAAAUACCAUUUCCAAAUCUUGUCAUGCAUCUACAACAUUCAUCUCAUCCUAUGAUACAAUUAAAUGCGAUUGCAUUAAUAAAUGCACUAUUUAUAAAAUCUGAUUUAAGUAAACGGAAUGCAAUAUCUGCGACAUUAUGUUCUAAGCAAGUCAGGAAUGUCAUACUUACGAAUAUUCUACAUGAUCAUAAUCAUGUAGGAACUGAAAUGGCUCAUCAAUUAUAUGUUUUACAAACAUUAUCCUUAGGACUUUUAGAGCAGCGCAAGAUGUUGAAAAUGGAUCCGAAUGAUGUGGAUGCCAUGGAUAAAAUCAAAGAACUUCGCAGAAUAGCUUUUGAAAAUGAAGGCUCAUUAAAUAUUUCAGAUGCUGCUAAUAGAAAACAACUUGAUCAUGUCAUUAAAGAUUUUAAAAAACUAGGAUUUCGAUAUGAUGUUAAUCCUGCAUUAGAUUUCAAUGAGACUCCACCAGGAAUGCUUGCCUUGGAUUGUAUGCUGUAUUUUGCUAAGAAUCAUACAGAAGCUUACACUAAAGUAGUAUUAGAAAAUAGCUGCAGAGCAGAUGAACAUGAAUGUCCAUUUGGUCGUACUAGUGUGGAGUUGACUAAAUUGCUAUGUGAAAUCUUAGGGAUAGGAGAACAGCCAAGUGAACAAGGUCAAGCCUAUCAUCCUAUGUUUUUUACACAUGACAGACCAUUUGAAGAAUUAUUCUGUAUAUGUAUUGUUAUUUUAAAUAAAACAUGGAAAGACAUGCGAGCUUCAAUUGAAGAUUUUGUUAAAGUGAUGGGAGUGGUGCGUGAACAAAUAACACAUGUAUUGAAAACGAAGCCUAUUAAUUUAGAUAAAUUUAAACAGAAGAUACAGCAAGUAACAUACGCAGAAAUAACUAAUAUUCGGCAACAAGAACGGGCUUCUCGUGAGGAGUGGGAAUCGAAAGCAAAGCCUAUUAUUGAGCUGAAAGAACAAAUUACUCCAGACAUUUUAGAACUAAUUCAGCAACAGCGUCUGAAUUAUUUAAUAGAUGGAACCAGAUUUACAAAAUAUUCUAAUCGGGGUAACAGGAUUAAAGAUAAAUUUUGGUUUGUCUGUCUGGCACCAAAUCGAAAAGCUUUCCAUUAUGCUGAUUGUGAUGAAAAAUAUAUUCCAAAUCUGGAAGAAUUAACAAGUAAAGUUUCUGUUGUUGAUAUCAAAUCUUUAGUAACUGGUAAAGAUUGCCCUCAUAUGAAAGAUGUAAAAGGUCGGAAAACUACACAUCAAUUGGCAUUUUCACUAAUAUUAGAUUCAAUUGAUAUACAUUCACUAGAUUUUGUUGCUCCUGAUGAAUUGACCUUCGAUUAUUGGUUGGAUGGUGUCAAUGCUCUUCUAGGCAAUGAAAUGACUAGUGCUAGUAAAUCAUCAGAUUUAGAGAAACUUUUAUCAAUGGAUAUUAAAUUACGUCUUUUAGAUGUAGAAGGACUUGAAAUACCACAGAACCCUCCAAGUAUACCACCUCCACCAGAAAAUUAUGACUUUUGCUUUGAAGCAUAACCAAGUUUUGAUUCAAUGUACUUUUUUAAUAUUAAUUAUCAAUUUAGCCAUUAUAUUGAUUGAAAUAAUAUUUUUGAAUAUGAAAAUAUAUUAGACAUGAGAUUAUCGCAAAGCUCAAUAAUAAUUUAAUAUGAGAAAUAUGAGACUCCUAUUUUCAUUAACUAAAUAUAAAUUAAAAAAGUCUUAAAAUGUAACUUUAACAUUUAGUGGAAGUAAUUAAUGGGUCCUAGUUACAUUACUUUUAAGAAUUUUAUAUAUAUUAAACUUUAAUCAUUAACAUAAUUGCAAGCUGCCAAAGAAUUUA